AUGAGGCCUUCGGACAGAAUGGAAAACAUCACUUGUAUUCCUGGCACCCCUUUCAAUGCCGUUGUUAUCAACGCCACCAUCCUGAAAAUGAUCAACGCCCCUGUAGCGCCAUUGGAUUACCCAGCCUGGGACAUCGCCCUCAAAGUGCUCUUUUAUAUUGUGGCUAUGCUCACGGAUAUUAUCGGAAAUUCCAUCGUUCUGUUGAUUAUCGCUCUGAACAAGAAGAUGCGGACAACGACCAACGUGCUCAUUCUCAACCUGGCGGUCAGUGACCUGAUGGUUGCCUCCUUCUGCAUGUGGGUGCAUCUGGGUAACAAAGUGACCGACAACUGGCCUUUCGGUUCCUUUAUGUGCAAGUUCAACGCUUUUACUCAAGUGAUGUCACUAACGGCCAGCGUGCUGACACUAACCGUCAUCUCCGUGGAGAGACUCAUUGCAGUGGCGUAUCCUUUCAGACAACACUGGUCUCCGACAGUGUCGGCGAUUAUCGUAGUUUGCACUUGGAUCGCAGCCAUUGCUACCGCCUCGCCACAUUUAUUUGUGAGGAAACAGUACGAGAUCAGAUGGAAAGACCGGACAGACACUUACUGUGCGGAAAGUUGGAGAUACUACUACAAGGACACCGCCUGUAACCGAUGGCAACCUGGGAAAUUCGUCUACUACCUGGUUGAAGGAAUCGUCAUGUACUUUGUCCCUGUGACAAUCAUGAUUGUUGCUUAUGCUGUGAUUGCCAUCAAGUUGCUUAUCCGCGGAACACCAGGAUCGCAUGCAAAUUCAUCGUCCAACCAGGAGCGGUCAAAAAAGAAGGUGACCAAGAUGCUGGCCGUGGUGCUUGUCGCCUUCAUCAGCUGCUGGACUCCACAGCAGAUCUUGCUUCUUUAUGAGGUGUUUUAUAAUCCCGUCCAGACUGACGUGUACACAGCCAUCAGAUACGCGGCCUUGUUUGUGGCUUACUGCAACAGUGCGCUGAACCCGAUUCUUUAUGGAGGAUUCAAUGAAAACUUCAGGAAAGGAUUCCACGAAGCUUUCACUUGUAUACUUAUUCAAAAGAGAAACAGAAUUGGAGCAG